GAAAUUGAUAUCUCAUUAAAACUAUCCGUCGCAAAUAAGAAUAACGGUAGAAAAAUUGCAAAAAUUAAUACGCUUGAUACUGGAGUAAUUAUGAUGGCGGCCGAUUUAAAUAUUAACGGUAACAAGAUUGCAAUAAGUAUGGACCAAUUUAAAGCUGAUGCGACAAUGGUCACCUUGUUGAUGCCAAAUAUUGAGAAUAAUAUGGAUGGUGUCAAAAUGGAAAGUAUGAGAAUUAAAAAGAAUAAAGUGACAUAA